UACACGUGCCGCGGUGGUGGCAGUCGUUCACCAACCGUGACAAAACGAGCGUACUCCAGGCUCCGGUUGCCUGGCUACGCCUAGCUACGAGCGCACGGUGCAUGCCACUUGCUGCGGUCGUAGGUUCGCACCAGUUCGCACACAGCGAUACCGUCAUACCACGCGGUAGGGAGGGUAGAACAAGUGUUUCAGUCGAGCAACAAACAGGGAAAAAGCAAAAGAUGGCGAUGGUGCAUCGAAACGUGCCGCAGUAGUGAUGCAGUACGAGCGAGUGCCGUCAUUAUUUGCUCCGAUCGUACCGCGCGAGAUCGCUCGUUGAGCGGAGCGCGGCCAAAUGACAUGGGAAUUUGCAGCAGAAGGCAUUUUCUACUGACAAUAUGCAGCCUGCAAUUAAUUACCAUAAUAGAACGUCAAGUUUUUGACUUUUUGGGAUUUAUGUGGACUCCGAUAUUGGUCAACUUUUUCAACAUUAUCUUCGUAAUUCUAGGAUUCUUUGGGGCCUUUCAGUAUAGACCUAAAUAUAUCAUAUCGUAUUGUAUAUGGAAUACAUUGUGGUUAGGAUGGAAUAUAUUUAUCAUAUGCUUUUAUCUCAAUGUGGGGAUACUAGACAAAAAUAGCGAUAUUCUUAAUCUUGGUACUGGUAGCUUUUCAUGGUGGUAUGUAAAUGGACCAGGUUGCAAAGCUGUUUAUGAUGUGACAGAACCAGAGCUUUUUCGACCUGCACGACCUACUAAUGUAACAGACUGCGUGCUGGAUUACGAAGUGAUAGAAAUUUUACACGCUGCGACACAAUGUAUCCUAGGUUUUAUGGCCAUUGUUGGCGGAAUUUGUCUCAGUAAAGUGUUUCUUGAGGAAGAUGAUAGCUUACGAACUAAACGAAAGAAGAAGCAGCCACGGCCGCUAUAUAGCAUCGAAUAUUCGCAACCCGAACCACCGGUGCAGGAUGACAGCGUGUCACCGAAACCGAUGACGCCGCGCCGGGUGAAGCGACGUUCCGUAAUCUCACGGGAUAGCACGCGACGUUCCAACACGCGGCGCAGCUCAGUACGCCAGUCUCGCCGCAAGAACCCGGUGAACCGCAUUAUGGACCACCAGGAGAGUCUAUACGCGAACACGGUCGCACCCUGCAUCGGUAACCUGACGAACCAGAAUGUCAGCUCGCUGUCGCAGGGCACGCUCAACUACGACAGGAUCGCAGUUGGUUGGGACCGUGAACGGAACGCUGAUCGGAACUGGCAGUCGGAGGCGGUGAACAUAGCAGUAUCAUCGCCAAUUCUAUGGCCCCCAACCACCCAGGACUCCUCCAACAAUUAUUCGAACGCUUCGCCUAGCUUCCCGGCUGGUCAGAGCCCGCCCGCUGGUUGGGACCAUCAGCAUCCGACCACCAGCUCCACCCGCAAUCUCACCGACAAUUGGCAGACGUCACCUGGCGAGCUCAACCCGAUGCAGUGGCAGGGUCAAAGCAAUCCUACGUUCCAGCAAACCAGCACGCAAAGCCUAAAUGGCGAGGACAUGGAGGAAUUGUACAGCAAUCGGCCGGCCAGCGCUAGGUCUAGCUAUAGCAAUUAUCAUGGCGUUAGAGCGACACCACAGGUGCCUAAUCGCACUGACGUUGUCAGACAAAGUCAGCGACAGUUUGUCCUCAGUGGACCGCCCGCUUAUCAAGAUACGGUAAUCUGAUACUGACUUGGAGUAAUCUGAGGUGUACGCCUUGCGUUGAAGACAAUGUCAAGAUAAUUUUAUUGCAAACGAUAAAUUGGCCUUAUACAAUCGUCUGUUGUUUAUCAGAUACAGUAAGUGAGAAAAUCAAUCGUAGAUAGAAUGAGUGAUAAUGUUCAUCUUCGCGAAUGAAAAUGGCACUAUUUUUGAUAGCGCUAGUCGCGACGUCUUCAACAAGAAGCGAAAAUAUGAAGACUUAAAGAAAUCGCAGUAAUGUAUUAUUUUCUUAUUGUCCGUAUUUCAAGUUGUAAUAAUUUCAAACAGCUGUUUUAACUAUUUCAAUAAUUAUAUCAUAGUUAAAAUGAUUGUUUGACAAUGAACUAAUGAUAGAAAAUGGAGCAAGCGUUGUGAUUUCGCCGACUUCAAAGCUUUACUUAAUAUGGAUUGAUGCGAUAGAUCUCUACUAGUGUUGCAUCGUGUUGUAUUAUCAAAGUAACAUCUAUAGAUAACUUUACUUAAAGACUUGAAGAGCUGUUAUUCACUCUCUCCAGUCGUUUCGCAAUAUUAUUUUAAAGACCAAGUGGUAUACGUUUAUUGCCGAUUUAAUAGACUAUAGAUGAUUGACGAUAAAUUCGUUCAGUUGACAUGAUAUGAAAUUAUCUUGAAAGUGGCGUAAGUCAACUUUUAGAUAAUUUCAUUAAAUUGCACAGACUUGCAAUGUAUGUAUGUACAUAUAUUAAACUUACGUCACUUUCAAAGUAGACAAUGAAAAUUGCCUUCUCAGGUGAUCAUCUAACCGUGUGUGAAAUUAAUGUACUUAAGAAGUUUAAAGCAGAUCAAAAUCAUAAUAGCAUUAGAAUUUUUACAUGUUUUCUUUUAUUUUUCUUUCUGUUGUUAAAAAGGUUUUUUUUUAGGAAUUUUACACUUAUCAUCUUCAUCCUAUUUAUAUUAUAGAAUUAAGGAUCCUCUUGUUCUGCGCAUAAAAUCAAAAGCUCACCGCAUCGUUUGUAAAUAUAGAUGUAUAAUCACUUAUCACUUUCAAAAGCGUAUUAUUGAUAACACUAUACAAUGACGUAAUUUUAUUAAUAAUUUUUUUUUAAAACGAUCAGAGCGGCUUAUGUUAUUUUGAAUACUUUAAGGCAAUACGAAAUUAAAAGAUAUUUGCCUUUUUGAGAUUUGUUUUUAAAUUAAAAUUUUUUA